UAAGUCCGACCUCGUUUUUACGAAUCAAAAUUGGGCGAAAAACUCGGUAAUUUACCCGUUUUCCACCAUUGGAGAGCGGUUAAAGCCUUGGUGGGGCUCCAUAUUUCCCACGACAAGGAAAAAAAUCGACUUUUCUGGGGUCUAGGCCCCGCUCUUCGCGCGCUCAUUCUCUCCUUAUUCACAGCUUUCUUUACUGAGACAUCUGAACUGUGUCUCUUAUUUUUCUCGGUUUGUUUUUGUUAUCAAGAUGUCGCCGUAAUGGAGUCUCCGCGUCUGAUAGAAAUGAGUAAAGGCCUUCGUCGCCUGAGCCGCACUUGCAACAACCCACUUUUUUCUCCUUGUACCCCAUUUAAUGCUAGAGAGCUCGGAAGCUCUCUCUCCGGCGCUCGGCCUCAAUCCUUCAUCAGACAACAUGGAGAAAAAUACCAACGCCAGCAACAAGGUCCCUCCCCGCUCCAGUUCUACAGGCCCAGCUGCAGGAGAAUCUAAACCCAAAGCAGAUGGUAAGAACAAUGGGGGCUCCAAACGCUACAGCCGCAAGCGCGAGCCCUCCUUCCCCAAGGCGGAGAGCUUUCCGGGCCCCCGCCGCACCAACCCACAGAAAAGCAAGAGUUUUGACAAGAGACCCCCCCAGAGAGGCGGUGGAGGAGGCCGCCAGUAUGGGCUCAUGGGCGGUGGGCGAAGAGAAGAGGUAGCAGAGACUCGCCGGGCCGAGUUUAGCCCGGCUCAGUUUGCUGGACCUAAAAAGAUUAGCCUGAACCACCUGCUCAACUUCACGUUUGAGCCGCGUGGCUGCAACCAAUUCGGCUCCGCAGGAGAGGGCCCCGUGUGUUGGGGGCGCCGAAACAAGUGGGGCCAGAAGCACAAACCCUUCAAUAAGGAGCUCUUCCUACAGGCCAACUGCCAGUUUGUGGUGAUGGAUGACCAGGAUUACAAAGCUCACUUCACUGACCCAGACACCCUGGUCAACUGGGACUAUGUGCAGCAAGUGCGUAUCUACAGUCACGAGGUGCCCUCCUGUCCGAUCUGUCUGUACCCCCCCGUGGCUGCUCACAUAACCCGCUGUGGUCACAUCUUCUGCUGGCCCUGUAUGCUCCAUUACCUGUCCCUCAGCGAGAAGAGCUGGUCCAAGUGCCCUAUCUGCUAUGAGGCCGUACACAGCGCAGACCUCAAAAGUGUGGUUGCCAUGGCAACUCACCAGUACGUGGCCGGUGACCUCAUCACCAUGCGCCUGAUGCGCAGGGAGAAGGGAGUGCUGGUGCCUCUGCCCAGCCCCCAGUGGGGGAAAGUGGAGGAGCCCGUCCGCUUUGGAGAUGUGUGUCUGAGCGCCUACUCUAAGCUGCUGCUGGCGUCUCAGGAGCAGGUGCUGGGUUUGCUGGCCGAGGAGAGGGCCACGCUGCAGGCCCAGCUCUUACAGGAGAAAGACGACCCUCAGGCCUGCUUCAUCCAGAGCGCCUUACUGCAGCUCCAGGAGCAAGAGGAUUCCCUGCUGAAGCGCGGCGCCAAGAGCAGCUGCACCGUUGACAAACUGGACGUGAGGAAGCUCUCUCUGACGGAGCCUCCCUCUCCAGAGGUUGCCACGGUAACCGCGGUCACCGCGGUCACCAGCGCCAAGCCCGUGCUGCAGUACUCCUCAGCAUUUGAUGACGAGGUGGCGGAGGACGCAGCGGAGGUGGGUGAGGAGGUGCUUGAGCAGGAUGUGCCCGAGGAGGUCCCUGAAGGUGUGCGGGAGGUGUCUCCGGAGCCGGAGGUGGCUGCUGAAAAUAGCCCUCCCACCCAACGCAGGUGGAAAGGACCCCACCGCGCAUACGAAAAGGGACCCUACUACUACUUCUACCAAGCUGAGGACGGUCAGCAGAUGUUCCUCCACCCUGUGAAUGUGCGCUGUCUGCUGAAAGAGUAUGGGAGUCUGGACGCCAGCCCCCAGUCCAUUACUGCCACUGUAGUGGAGGUUGACGGCCACACAGUCUCUGAGGAAGUCCGUCGUCGACACCGGUAUUUGUCCCAUUUGCCUCUGACGUGCGAGUUCAGCAUUUGUGAACUGAACCUGCAGCCUCCUGUCAUCUCCAAAGAGACUUUGGACACCUUCGCAGAGGACUUUGAGAAGAGGAAGCGUCUGAGGCAGAAGAAAGCGAGGGAGGAGAAGAGGAGGGAGAGACGCAUAGAGAUGGAGGAGAAACGGAAGCAGGGCAGAUACCCAGAGGUGCAUAUUGGGCUGGAGAACCUGCAGCAGUUCCCUGCCUUUGGCUCCCCCCCUCAGAACAGCCCCCCUCCAUACCCUGAAUUUGUGGUGGGACCAGCAUCUCCCCUCAGCAGCAGCCCUGCCUCAGACAUGACGAUGUUUCCCAGUCUAAGUGCAAACAGUCCAGGUCUCAGCAUUGGUAGUGUGGAGGAAGACUCUCACUGUAUGUCCUUCGCUCAGAUGCUGAGGGACGGCAAAGCUCGUGUGGAAAUGCCGCCCAAAAUUACCCCAAAGAAAGAUACUCUGCUGGCUCCUCCGGCUGCAGACAGCGAUGGCGAGAGCGACAGUUCAGACCGUGUUCCCGUGCCCAGUUUCCAGAACUCUUUCAGUCAGGCUUUUGAGGAAGCCCUGCUGCAGCUGGACCACGGAGCAACGAAAUCACCACAGCCCGUUCUCAUCAACGAGGAGAAAGGGGGAAAGAAAAAGAAGAAAAAACAGAAGCUUCUCUUCAGCACCUCUAUGGUUCACACGAAGUAACACACGCUCUCAUCUCUCUCUCUCUCUCUCUCUCUCUCGCUCUCU